CCGCCCCCGCUGCCCCCGGCGGAGUCCUCGCCCCUUCAGCCCGGCGCAGCCUCAGGCCCCCUCCAGGUCUGCAGACAAAGCCCAGGCCUCCAGGGGCGAGUCUCUCCGCCCACCUGAUCGCUGUGCCCACGGCCGGCCUCCGUGGUGGGGAGCCGCGCUCCCGGCUCUUCUGCCAGGGCCCCGCCUCUGCGCCCAGGUCAGGUCGCCUCUUAGGAACGCUCCCGGCCUAGACGCUCCCGGCACCGGCAAGGGCCAGUGUGGGGUGGGGGUGGGGUCAGGCCGGUCCACCCGAAAGCCACCCCGCCCCGCUUGGAGGUGCCGGGACCGCUCGGGCGUGUGCUCGCCUGGUCCUGUCCGCCUCAGAGGAGACCAAGGGCAGGUUCUCUCGUCCGCGCGGCCGCGGCGGCGGGAGAGGGAAAGGGCUGGCCAGCGGCACAGAGCCCGGCCUCCUCUCGGUUCCCGCCUCUCCCGCGGCCCGCACGGCUUCGCGGGGGUUAACGGGGGCGGGGCAAGGCGGAGGGCGGAGCGAGGUGGCGGCCCGUCUCCCCUCCUCCCCCCGCCCCGCGAGGCCCGGGCCGGCUGGAGCGCGGAGCCACUGCUGCCGCCGCCCCCGCCGCCCCUGCCAUGCGGCUCGCGCGCCGGGGGCCUGGGCUCGGGGCGCCCCCAGCGUGCCGCCCCCGCUGAGUCCGCGCCCCUUCCGCCGGGCGCCGCCGGCACCAUGGUGCAGAAGUCGCGCAACGGCGGCGUGUACCCCGGCCCGAGCGGGGAGAAGAAGCUCAAGGUGGGCUUCGUGGGGCUGGACCCCGGCGCGCCCGACAGCACCCGGGACGGCGCCCUGCUCAUCGCCGGCUCCGAGGCCUCCAAGCGCGGCAGCAUCCUCAGCAAGCCGCGCGCGGGAGGCGUGGGCGCCGGGAAGCCCCCGAAGCGCAACGCCUUCUACCGCAAGCUGCAGAACGCCCUGUACAACGUGCUGGAGCGGCCGCGCGGCUGGGCCUUCAUCUACCACGCCUACGUGUUCCUGCUGGUCUUCUCCUGCCUCGUGCUUUCCGUGUUCUCAACCAUCAAAGAGUACGAGAAGAGUUCGGAGGGCGCGCUCUACAUCCUGGAAAUUGUGACCAUCGUGGUGUUUGGCGUGGAGUAUUUUGUGCGGAUCUGGGCCGCGGGCUGCUGCUGCCGGUACCGCGGCUGGAGAGGGCGGCUCAAGUUCGCCCGGAAGCCCUUCUGUGUGAUCGACAUCAUGGUGCUCAUUGCCUCCAUCGCCGUGCUGGCCGCCGGCUCCCAAGGCAAUGUCUUUGCCACGUCUGCGCUCCGGAGCCUGCGCUUCCUGCAGAUCCUCAGGAUGAUCCGCAUGGACCGGCGUGGCGGCACCUGGAAGCUCCUAGGCUCUGUGGUCUAUGCACAUAGCAAGGAGCUGGUCACCGCCUGGUACAUCGGCUUCCUGUGCCUCAUCCUGGCCUCGUUUCUGGUGUACUUGGCAGAGAAGGGCGAGAACGAUCACUUCGACACCUACGCAGAUGCGCUCUGGUGGGGCCUGAUCACCCUGACAACCAUUGGCUACGGGGACAAGUACCCUCAGACCUGGAACGGGAGGCUUCUGGCAGCCACAUUCACCCUCAUUGGUGUCUCCUUCUUUGCUCUUCCUGCCGGCAUUUUGGGGUCUGGUUUUGCCCUGAAAGUUCAGGAGCAACAUCGGCAGAAGCAUUUUGAGAAGAGGCGAAACCCUGCUGCAGGCCUGAUCCAGUCUGCCUGGAGGUUCUACGCCACCAACCUGUCGCGCACGGACCUGCAUUCCACAUGGCAGUACUACGAGCGCACGGUCACUGUGCCCAUGUACAGCUCGCAAGCUCAAACCUACGGGGCCUCCAGACUGAUCCCACCGCUCAACCAGCUGGAGCUGCUGCGGAACCUCAAGAGUAAAUCCGGACUCACGUUCAGGAAGGAGCCACAGCCGGAGCCGUCCCCCAGCCAGAAGGUCAGUUUGAAAGACCGUGUCUUCUCCAGCCCCCGAGGUGUGGCUGCCAAGGGGAAGGGGUCCCCACAAGCCCAGCCCGUCAGGCGGUCACCCAGCGCCGACCAGAGCCUGGAGGACAGUCCGAGCAAGGUGCCCAAGAGCUGGAGCUUCGGGGACCGCAGCCGUGCGCGGCAGGCCUUCCGGGUCAAGGGCGCUGCGUCUCGGCAGAACUCGGAAGAAGCAAGUCUCCCCGGGGAGGACAUCGCGGACGACAACAAGAGCUGCAACUGCGAGUUUGUGACCGAGGACCUGACCCCGGGCCUCAAAGUCAGCAUCCGGGCCGUCUGUGUCAUGAGGUUCCUGGUGUCCAAGCGGAAGUUCAAGGAGAGCUUGCGGCCCUACGACGUGAUGGACGUGAUCGAGCAGUACUCGGCCGGCCACCUGGACAUGCUGUCCCGCAUCAAAAACCUGCAGUCCAGGAUAGAUAUGAUUGUGGGCCCCCCACCCCCUUCAACUCCCCGGCACAAGAAGUACCCCACCAAAGGACCCACGGCCCCUCCGAGAGAGUCACCCCAGUACUCGCCUAGAGUGGACCAGAUUGUGGGGCGGGGCCCGGCGAUGACAGACAAGGACCGUACCAAGGGCCCAGCCGAAGCAGAGCUGCCGGAGGACCCCAGCAUGAUGGGCCGGCUGGGCAAGGUGGAGAAGCAGGUCCUGUCCAUGGAGAAGAAGCUGGACUUCCUGGUCAGCAUCUACACGCAGCGCAUGGGGAUCCCACCCUCAGAGACUGAGGCGUACUUUGGGGCCAAGGAGCCCGAGCCGGCACCGCCGUACCACAGCCCCGAGGACAGCCGCGAUCAGGGGGACCGCAGUGGCUGCAUCGUCAAGCUCAUCCGCUCCACCAGCUCCAUUGGCCACAAGAAUUUCUCAGCGCCCCCGGCUGUGCCCUCCACUCAGUGCCCACCCUCUACUUCGUGGCAGCCUCAGGGCAACCCGCGCCAGGGCCAUGGUGCCUCGCCCGUGGGGGACCAUGGCCCGCUGGUGCGCAUCCCGCCACCUCCCACCCAUGAGCGCUCGCUGUCUGCCUACAACGGGGGCAACCGGGCUAGCACGGAGUUCCUGCGGCACGAGGACACGCCAGCCAGCAGGCCCCACGAGGGCGCGCUGCGAGACAGCGACACGUCCAUCUCCAUCCCGUCCGUGGACCACGAGGAGCUGGAGCGCUCAUUCAGCGGCUUCAGCAUCUCCCAGUCCAAGGAGAACCUGGAUGGCCUCAACAGCUGCUAUGCGGCGGUGGCCCCCUGUGCCAAAGUCAGACCCUACAUUGCCGAGGGCGAGUCGGACACGGACUCGGACCUGUGCACCCCGUGCGGGCCACCGCCUCGCUCGGCCACUGGCGAGGGCCCCUUUGGUGACCUGGGCUGGGCCGGGCCCCGGAAAUGAGGCCCCACCCGCUUUUCCCUGACUCUUGGCCUUGAGGUUUCAAGGCAGGACCCUCCGGUGCCCAUGCCUGAUGCGGUGGCGGGCAGUGGGGGCGCCUCAGUCUUCACGGUGAAGGUUAACGAAAGUCCUUUUCCAACAAUGGGCACCCGGGCUGCUGUGCCCACUCUGUAGACCGCCGGCCCAGGUGUGAGAGGGUGGGUGAUGCAGAGGACAGGUCCCUGGCAGAGGCUGGAGGUGUGGAGUCAGGGAGCAGGGCCAGAGUGAGGGUGCCCAGUGCGGGACAGGCCUGUCCCCUUGAGAGUGUGUCCAUGUGCACGGCUGGGAGGAUGCCCCUUGCCUCCCGUGCCCAUCCACUGUGUUCUGAGUGUCCUGUGUGGGAGCCAGCCCUGCGUCCAGGGCCCUGGCCGGAGAGGAGGGGCGAGGCCUUAGGACACACAGGAGCAUGGGGACCUCUGUGCUCCACAGGCUCCUGGCAGAGGGUCCUUGGGGGCUCUCCCGGCCACAGGAGACCUGGGGGGUGGGCACCCCCUUGUCCUCUGUGCUCUGCCCUGUCCGGGUGCUGGUCAGCAGGCUGCAGCCAGCACGUUCACGGAGACCUGCUUGUGGGCAGUGGUGCUGGGCAGGUGGGCGCCGCACUGGGGCUGGGGGUGUGGUGAGCAGGCUUCCUGCUGCCCUUUGCAGGGGCGCUGCUUCACCUGUCCCCACGGGAGCCUUGACCGGACCCAGGGCUGGAAGGGGGUAUAGCCACUGGCAAAAGCUGUCCAAGUCCCCACGCGACAUUAGACAAAGGCAGCUUGCUAUAGGUUCUCUUCUGUCCCCGCUGGAGCCGCCCGCCCGGCCCACUAGUCUCUGCGGCUGGUCCCUUGGCUGUGGCCUGCUGGUGUCUUGAGAGAAAGGACACCGUCCCCACCCUGGGCCCCCACUCUUGUGGGCACCUGGCCCGAGGAGCAGCAGCUUUGAGCCGGGAGCCCAAAGGCGGCGGUGGGCCCCCAGCAGGCAGUGCAGGGCACCUGGCAUUUGGGGUGAUGGACCGAAAGCCUGGCACCUGGCACCCUGAGGCAGUGACCCCAUGGGUGCAGGGCUGAGCCCAGCUAAGGCCACCAGGUAGCGGCUGCCCCAAACGCUGGGUCCAGGGAGAGCUGGGCUGUCUCCUCACCCAUGUGAGCCCACACUGGCUGGGGGUCUCUGAGGCGGCAGCAGGUGGGGCUCAGGCCACGGCUCUGUGUGGGGAACAGCCUCCUCAGGGCCCCCAGGCUCAGUGCUGACAGCACAUGUGCCCUUGGUGCCCGCCCACAGUGGGGCCCCACUUCGGAGAAGCCUUGUGCACUGUCUUGGGUGUGCGUGUGACAAGACAGGAGUGUGGCUGACACCCCACACCUGUGCUCAAUCACUGGCUCACACAUGGGCACACACACCACACACACACUCACACAUACAGAAAUUGCACAGGCACACCCACGCACACAUACACACACCACUUAAGCAUACAUACGUGAUACACCUCACACAGUGCACAUGCGCACACACAUGCAUGCCUCACACACAUGCGCAGGUGCACACACACACACACACACACACACAGCCAUGCACAUGCGUGCCCUCAUGCACACAUGCACACACGCACACAUCACAUUCUGACCGGGCAGUCCCUUGGCCUCUGGCUGCUUUCCAGCACGAGGACUCGGGACUCGGGGAGCCACAGUGGCUCUGCCACCCGGGCCCCUGGACAGAAGUGGCAGAAGGUGCCCUGGAGUCAUGCAGGGCCCCACGCUGCCCUCCCCUUGGCACGGCAGUAGCUGUCCAGAGUGGUUGGGUGGCCAAUGGCCAGGGACAGCCUGGGCUGGGCCAGGGAGGACCCAGCACCUAUGGGGUGUCCGGAUGUGAUGCUGGGGCUCUGGCCGGCUCCCUGGGCCCCUUGGUCAGUGGCCUGGCCUCAUCACCACCGAGCAGGGGGCUGCCCUCUCCCUUUGUUGGCCUACCGUCUCCCUCCUCUGUCCCUGUGCAAUCAUGAGCCACACUCAUGCUGGGCCACCUGGGAGGACGGAGGGACCAGCCAGGUGGCAGAGGGCUCCCUCCCGGCCUGCCCACCGGCCUGUCCCCACACCUGCCUGCUCAGCAACACCACCUGUCCCGCUCCAGGACCCCGUGCUGCGAGGGCUGCUCCGGGGGGCCAGCUGCCUCCAGUCACCACGGCUGAGCCCAGAGCUGCUGCCAGCCAGGCAGCGUCACGCGUCUCCAGUGGGUUAACUUAUUAACCCGCCUCUCCCUCACUAGACUGUCCCCUCCCCUGGCUGUGGAUUUGAGAUGUGAACAUGGGAGAGGGGUCGUCCUCUCUGUGGCCCCCACAUUCAGGGGCCACCAUAUAUCAGGUCCGCACCCGCUGCUCUCGGAAAGAAGUCUGUGCGAGGCAUUGCACAUGCUUCUGAAGCCCAGCGGCGCUGCUGCUGGUGCUCUGGGGCCUCUGUAGAAACACUGGUGUUCGCAUCUAUUUCACUUUCGCCCCGAAUUGUAAAUAAUGUACAGAUGAUCCUCAGCUGCCCUCUGGGGUGGCGCAGACCUGCCUUGGUGAUCUCCAGGCCGCCCCCCUUAUAUACUGACGUGGGUGUGAGGCAGGAAGGCUGGGGGCCCGGCAGUGCUGCCUGCUUCCAGAGCCCGGGGAGCCUGUGUGGCUGUCCCCAGGGGCAGCCUCCACUUGGGCCCCCACCAAGGACAAAGCAGAAACAACCAAGGAGGGCUUCGUGCAGGAAGCAGUGUGGUGCAAUCUGGACUGCGCCUCUCCUUUCAGGGGCCUGGGAGAGCCGGCAGCCCAGGGCAGGACACUGUGGCCCCUGGAGCAGGCAGAGCCCUGAGGGGUGGGGCUGCCCGCUGACCCAGAAGGCUGCUCUGCUGGGGGCGGGGCUUUAGGACACAGUGUAAAGGGGGGGAGGGAGGCCCUGGGGAGGAGAGGGCCCUCUUCACAGCCUUUGGAGUCAUUUGUGGGGCUGGGAGAGGUUGGGUGGUCUUUUGUCUUGGACACUUGCGAGGGUGACACACUGACUAGGACGUGAGGACAGGAGGGCGGCCCUAGUCCUGGGCUUCUGGGCAGGUGUGCACACCUGGCUGGGCUGCACGUCCAGCUCUGACUGGGUCUCAUAAAGUUGUUGCCUUAAUGCAUGUUGACGGGGAGUCGCUGAGGUCGCCCCUGUGCCCUGGGUGACCUCCAGGCGCUGAUGCCAGGCCCGCCCCUUCUCCCCCGCCUGUGGUCUGCAGACCGCUCCACAGAGGGCACUGAGCAGGCGGUCUCACCAUCUCACACCCGCUGGCCCAAGGUGCCGCCUGCCUGGAUUCGCCCGACCCCACUGCGCCCAUCGGCUCGGCCGCCUGGGCCCAAAGGCGGCUGCAGCUCCCCCAUCUGCGCUGUUGCCUUGGCUGUGUUUGCACUUUUGUUCAUGCUCCAAAGAAUAUUUCAUACUGCCUUGCGUGUGACACGCGCUGGCUGGGUGUGCGCGCGCACCACAGCGACCGUGUCACCACCGCACACUUGUGUCUCAGCCGCACUGUUGUUUUCCAAGGAAAGACGCCGGGGCCGGGUCCAGGUUUGCUAGGAGCAGUGAGAUGUGUGCGCACGCAGCUCACUGUCAGGCCGAUGCUCCCGGUGAGAAUGGGCCCAGCACAGGUUCCCCAGGGGCCUUGGUGUGGAAUCUGGCGUCAGGGAUGCAUAUGGAAAGUUCUGUUGCCACAGGGACGAGUCUGGGUGCCCAGAGGGCCUGCGCACGGAGUAAAACACAGUGAUCCACCGGGCAGUGCGUGCCUCCUUCCUGCCGUGUCCUCUCCGGCGGCUGGCCUGCGCCGGGGCUUGUGGUGACAGGGACAGCGACAGACUCCCCGGGAGGCCACUGUGCUCCCACUGGGAGGGCUCUCACUCUGCAGGGUCCGGCACCGGCUCUGUCUGUCCUCUCUCUGCCACCACCAAGGACCACCAGCCGGUGGCCCCCAGAGCAGAGGCUCCGGGUCGCCCCCUGCAGGCUCCUGCCCGUGGCCUUCUCUCCACCCUCCGGGCAGCUGGGUCCUGGGCUAUGGAAGCUUCAGCCCCUACCACUCCCCCUCACUCCCCUGGCUGGGUGAGGGGCUAGGGGCGGGGAGUGAUGUCCUGUCUCCCACCCGAGGGCCUGGGCCAGGGCCUGGCUGUAAGGGGCUUGUGCUGAGCAGCUAUGCUGCCCGCCUUCUGGAAUGUUCCUCCCACCAGACCCCUCUGGCCUCUGGGGGCUCAGCUGAGCAGGCAGAGCAGAUGGGCAGGGCUCAGUGGCCCAGAGGACUCAUGCCGAGCCCCGAGCCCUGCACAGAUGCC